AUGGUAUCGUCAACCGAUAUACCUCCGGAUGAUGCAUUCCUCUCGGCUACGAUGUCGAUAGACUCGACCAACCCUCCUCUUCGCACAUUCACUCUCUCCGCACCCUCGACAGACGAUCUGCAAGACCAACAGCUGCAACCUUCUUCGUCGAGUUCUAUAGAUACAGAGAUGGAUGAUGCAGCGACCAGCCAGGACACAUAUCUCUUACCCCCGCACUUUAACGACCUUCCUCCCGAAAUCCACGAAACGAUCCUUGACUAUCUCCUUGGAGUUCGUGGCUCAACGCUUGCCUCCAUAACUUCUGCAACAGUCACCACGUCGAGCUGGAGCAAAGCACUUCGGCACCCACGUAGAAAAGCCUUGUCAGAUCUAGCUCUUGUCUCUCGAGCGUACCGGGCAUUAGUUCAGGGCAGGAUUUACCGUCAUAUUCAAAUUAAAGGAACGACAGAUGGCCUUACAGACUGCGCUGGGUGGUUCGACUCACACCCGCACCUUAAAUCAUAUGUCAGGCAUAUUGAGAUCUGGGUUCCAGUUUGGGGUGAUCGGUUAAGAAAAUCACAUUUUACACCUCCUAGCCGACGGGAAAGCGGACAGGCUAACUUCGGUGUAAUCGAGACUAACACCGUAGAAUCAUUUAUGAGCGGCUUAGACGCUCUCGCCAGUAGCCGGACAAACUGCAAUUUCAAAUCGGCUAGUCACAAUGCUACAUUACAAGAAAUAUUUCAGUGCGUGGCAUGUCAAUUUCCUGACGCGAAGAUGAUGACUCUGGAAGGUGGCCAUUGCAAGAAACCACCUAUGAUCCGCCAUUUUGAAAGCGACCCGUGGGGAGAUAGUGGGCUAGAGAGCCUUCCUCUCCUUCCCAAUAUUCAGACAUUUAUUAUGAAGGGAGCAUGGAACAUUAUGAGAGACUACAGCCAUUGGAUUAAUAUAUCUACUGCCUUGCCCAACCUGCGUGAAUGGCAUUGCUUCUACGCAAAGUCAAAGCGUGAAGCCCACAUCACCAUCUCGAAGGUCCUUCGCACAUUCCCGCCACAACUGACCCGUCUCAACAUUAGUCUUGAAGGCUUCUGCAGUAAGACGAGCUCACGUGGGUUCUUAAACCCUCAGGAUGAAAAGCAUCUUUGUCGUCUGUUCGGCGCCAUUAUGCCCCAGCUAGAAUCUCUGACCUUCACGGGAAAAGUCUGCGCUAGCCUUUUCCUGUCCGGGAGAGCAGCAGUGUUAUCAUCGCAGAAAAAGUCAAAGCUGAAGUCGAUAGACCUAGUCGUCAAAGCCUGCUGCUGGGGCCACGAGUCUGAUGACGGUGCACUUAUACCAACUGAUAUCUCUGGCAUCACAAACAUGUCUUUUAUCAUCGAGUUUGAAAAGCUAAUCAUUGCUGCUAUUCACUCGCUUGGUACAUUAGCUGCACUUCAAUACAUACGUAUCCGAUUCAUAGACCUGGACUCCAUCUGCGGGCUACUGAACCCCUAUUUCCAACUGGUCGGCAAUAGCUGUACGGGUAUAUGGAGUGAAGCUAUCCUCAAAACCCUUGAAGAAACCAGACCUGAGGCCCAAUUUGAGGAAUUAAAUAACGGCAUCCUUGAAGAUUACGGGAUCAAUUCGAGGACCGGGACAAGAUCAUACCCACGAACUCGUCCUUUGAGCAUAAAGACGAGUUCUUACAGGAUUAUUGCCGAUAAGUCCAAGGCAUGA